AUGGCACCCGCUGCAACUGAGCUGGCGACGCUUCGAGCGCUCACAUUUCGUAUAUCCUCCACAGCAACCGCACAGCUUCCGCAACACGUGCCUGCGAUUGCUGCAUCCUUGGCCAACUGCAGGACGCUCCUCUCCUCAGCCCAAACUUCUGGUUCCAAGGCCUCUUCUUCUGAGGCAUCAGUGGCAGUCCACAAGUACCGGACCCUGCUUUCUACUCUUCUCCAGGACAGGACUGUUCAGGGAAGAUGGUCCGCCAUUGUGCUCAUCAAAGCAACUGUCGAGGUUGGAGGGUGGGAAACUCUGCAAAAAUGUCUCCCCUGGGUACGCGGGCUUUUGGGUAUCUUGGUUAAGCCGGAUCCGCCAUCGUCCAAGAAACUCUGUCUCAUCACCUUGACGCGCAUAUUUCUUCUUACAAGAGAAUAUCCAACCAUAAUUCGCGAGAUCACGACGCCGUCAUUACCGACAUUUGUUCAAACCAGCUUGAAGAUUGCCAGCCUGAAUGCACCGGCUGGUUUGCUACUCGUCAUUCUUGAAAGCUUCAACGAACUGCUCCCACGCCAUCCUACCAUUUUCCGCUCCUACCUCAAGCAACUUCACCCAUUCCUCGCUCGUCUCAUCGCUCCCACACCCUCCAGCAAGCUAUCCAAGGAACAAGACCAAGAUCAGAAAUUUGAAAUCACAUCCGAGAUUACGACUGCGGCACGGAGGUUGUUUGUCCAGCUGCCAAAUUGUGCACCAAAAGGAGCUUCUAGUGAGGACUGGGCAAAGUCGCUGAAAACCACUGUCAACAACGCACACCGGGUCGCUGACAAGGUCUUCCGCGCUGUGUUGGAGGACUGGCAGCCAACCACACGUGAAGCGCCUUCGGUAAAUGGACACACGCUGAACGAUGAAGUCCAGGAUCUCGAAGUUGACAGCAUGGCAUUGCCACCUUGGUCGGGCAUCUUUGCGGGCAGCGAAAGAUUGACGAAUCUCCUGUGGCUCGUGAAGGAAUACCUCGACAAUUCGACGGCUAAUCCUGUGUACUUCAACGUUGGAGUGAUUAUGGAUCUUGUUACCAGGAUGCUGUCUCUCACUGUACCUGCUUCUGGAGGCAAGGCUUUCCAGAAUGCCGUGCGGUUCAACAAUCAGACUAGCAAAGAGGAAAGAGAAAAUUUGUGGCUAGUUUUACCGUCAAUCCACGUGGCCACCUUCGAGGUGCUGCUUGCCCUAACAAGCAGGUCUCAGUCCAGCACAUUGGCGUUGGAUGCGCUUAUCCUUGACCAACUCGUCUGGGUGUUUGGCUCAGAGAAAGAAUCGGCACAAAUUCGGACAGCUUGUUAUUCAGCUGCAUCAGUCCUGCUCAAAAGAUCGGGCGUAACCCUCCCAAAGUCGUCCACCGACUCGCUUGCCCCUCUCAUACGCGCCUGCUGUGAGGAUCUCCUUCCUUCAGAAGUCAUUGCUGGACCCGCAAAGCAGACCCCAGGAGAAGCUAAAGCAAACGGUCACAGUCAACCACAGGCCAUAGCGAAUGCAGACUCUUUUCUCGGUGCAUCAAGGGGUAUCAAAGACCCCUUCGCCAAUUUCACGGGCCUGAAGGAGGCCGCAUAUAACCUUCUGCCCCUCCUUCUCGCCAACAUCCGCGCACAGUACCUUUCCGAUUCUUUACGGGCUCGUCUGGACCGCACCGCUAUCCUCACCCAGCACAAGGACGCCAUGGUCGCGAGUGUCCUGAAUCCACCCCCCAGCAAAAAGUUUGGCAAGCCGGCUGCGAGUAUUCUACCGCUCAUGGCACGGUCGUUUCCGCAGGAUCAAGACGUGGAGGGUAUGCUGAGACCGAGGGUGCCCGUCAUUCGUGUUGGUCACCAGGACACGGAUCUGGAUGACGAGAUGGAAGACGAAGCGGAGGAGGAGGAUGGGGAGGAUGAGGAGGAGGAGGAGGAGGAGGAGGAAGAAGCCGAAGAAAAAGAGCUUGAAGAGGAGCAAGAAGUCCCAGACAAAGUAGACGAACACUUCGUAGGCCAAGAGUUAGACACUCUCCUCGAAUCCGCAGGACAGCCAUCAACAGCAGCAACGGACCAUACCAUGUCCGAAGCACCAGCAGACGAGGAGGUCAUCUCACAAACAAAAGCAACAUCUGAUAUACCGGAGCCUGCAACCCCUCAGGAUAUAGGAAAGCGCCCGCACGCCGCUGACGCACCUCUUUCCCCCGCCAAACGCGUGAGGACAAGCGAGCGCGUAAGACAAAGAGAGGAAGCCCAGCGCACAUCGUAUCCCAUACUACCUGCCACCACGCCUACUAAACCUCCAGUUGUACCAGCGACCUCAGACUUCACCGCCACGACUACUGCGUCAGUCAUCCCCGAGCUGCCUGAGCCAGGCGAAGCAGGAGAUAGCGACGACGAUGAGGAUGUCGUGCCGCUUGUAUUCGGGCAAGACACAGACGACGAGUCGGAAUAG